GCAAAUAUGUCUGGAUGUCUGGAAGAUUCCGAGAUUUGUCAUGCAGUUUUAUUUCCAAAUCCAAGCUCCCCCACGUCUGGAAUGCGGGGCCUAGCAUCUUCACAGGUUCAUCUGCAACCCCUUGGCGAAGAUGUAGAUGCCACCUCUUCUGCAUGAGUAAUGCCCUCUCAGCAUGUUGGCCAGAAGAUGGCACUUUUUGCACGUCAUGCAUCACAGAUCUUUGUGAGAUCCGCAACACGCAUCACAAGUUCGGAUCCUUCCAGACCCACAGUACAUGUUUGCAAUUGAUAGUGCAUUUGGUUUUCCGUGGUGGUAAAGAAGGAGUUUCUGGGCCGCGUGGA